AUGCAAAAAGCCAAAGUUGAAGAAGAUCCCAAGAGAGGACCUGGGGUAGCUCAGCUUGAGAAAAUGAGAGUUGAAGAACAGCAAAAGAAAGAUGAAGUUAUAGCAUCUUCGGCAAUUUUACCACCGUUAUUUUCUGUAUCUUCAAGCAAAUCUUCCUAUCUGGUUCGAUCAAUUCCAAAGUUUGAGCACUACGAUCAACCUUCUUUUUCUCCAAUCUCAUUUCCUUCUCUGCCGCUGCGAAACGUGGAUGAUAAUAAAGUGUCAAACACUGUUAUAGUUCCAGGCCAUGGGAUUGUCUCUGAGUUUAGGGGCUCCGAUGAGAAUAAUGAUUUUGAGAAGAGCUCUGUUGUUGAACACGGGUUGGUUUUUCUAUCUAGCUUGCCUCAUGAAUCCAAUUCCAAUUCCAUUAGGCCUCUCCCAAAAUGGGUUAGAAUAACACAACCACGUCAACAGCCUCCAUCUUCAAUGGUGAAUGGCUCGUCAGGGACUUCAUCAACACCUUCACUUCGUUACUCAAUAAUGGAGCCCCCUUCAAACCAAAACCAGAGUGGUCACUGGAUGCCUUUGCAGAUGCAGCCUGAGAAGAUGAUUGGCAUGAAAAGGUCAUACCCCUUCUCUCAGGAUGUCCCACCUGCCCCUUUUAACUUUAGGUUGCCUACCAUUGCUGCUCCUAUGAAAAUGAACGAAACUUGUUGUGGGAGCGGGAGUGGAUUUUACUAUGCUGCCAAUGCAACUUUCAGAGAAGUCCCUUCCUCUUCAACAUCCAACUUAGAGGCAAACUCAAAGAGACUCAACACAGUAAAUGAGAAUUUCAAUGGAGGCAUUCUCGCAGUGUCAACUCCAACACCCACUUCAUCAUCUCCGCCUUCAAAAUCUAAGUCUCCUCCAACAGUGCUAGCAUUUCACAAUCAGGAAUAUCCUCAACAAGACUCCCAUUCUUGUCAGGGGAUUGUAGAAGGUCAAAUUACUCAAGCGCCAGUAUUCAGUAGAUUCAAUCAACUGCAGCAACCAUUCUAUAUCUUCAUCCCGCCAGUAGCAAAAGCAGCACAAGUAGGCCAAACGGCUGCCAGAACUCAGAAUGGUAAUGGAGUGCGAGAAAGUGUUGAUUUGAAUUUGAAGCUAUGAACAUACUUUUCUUUAUUACUUCUACGCACCGGCUGCUCCUCGCUAACGGACUCUUUCAGAAAAGACACCUUAUUGCUUUUCACGCGAGGAACUAAUGCCUCUGAAUUUCUGCUGGUGAUGUGUCUUUUAGAAUUUUUUUUAUUUUUUCUGUAUCCAUUUUUUGUCAUUGUAUUUGUUUAACUGGUGGUAAUAUAAUGACAAAAUUCUGCACGUGA